AUGAUUUCCACCAUCAUUGUAGUUUUGUCCUCACAACUGGCCGAUCAUCCAAUCCGAUCCCUCGUCCUCGCAUCGAUUUUAAUUCCCGCCUUGUACAUCGUCAGCAAUGAGUAUACUAGAUACUCUCGACGCAUCAAGGGAUUUUCUGGACCAAGAAACUGGCCACUGGUGGGCAACAUUCCCGAUAUCAAGUACAACGCGGCGGAAAAGUACCGCGAAUGGAGCAAACAGUUUGGUGCAGUGUACCAAAUCCAGCUUGGUAAUGAGCCAGUGAUUGUGGUAAACACUGCGGAGGCUGCAAGAAAAUUGUUUGGCGGCAACAGUCAAGCGCUAAGCUCAAGGCCUGUUUUCUGGACUUUUCACAAGGUACUUUCCAACACUGCUGGCACGACGAUUGGUACCUCGCCCUUCAGCGACUCGCUCAAGCGCCGGAGAAAGGGCGCUGCGUCUGCGUUGAAUAAGCCCUCCAUCGCAACGUACAUAGGCCAUCUUGACCUAGAGACGAAGGAAUUUGUCAAAGAUGCUUUCGAAUCAGGCAAAGCUGGAACGGGGAGUGUGGACCCAAUGCCUAUGAUUGAGCGUCUAUCUCUCUCACUUGCAUUAACACUCAAUUGGGGAACUAGAAUGGGCAGUCGGCAUGACCCCAUGUUCCACGAAAUCUGUGAAGUCGAGGCCGCAAUUUCAAAGUUUCGCAGCACUACUGGAAACCUGCAGGAUUACAUUCCCAUACUAAGGCUGAAUCCUUUCAGUUUCGGUACGAGGUCGGCAAAAGAGUACCGUAAUCGCAGAGAUGUGUACUUGACCAAACUGAACCGCGACCUGGACGAACGCAUGGCCAAGGGUGUCCAUAAGCCAUGCAUCCAAGCAAACAUUAUCCAAGACAAAGAUGCGGCGCUGAACAAGGAAGAACUGACAUCGAUCAGUUUAACGAUGCUGUCUGGAGGGUUGGACACGAUUACGACACUGGUCCAGUGGAGUGUGGCACUGCUUGCCCAGAGACCAGACAUUCAGGAGAAAGCGAUUCGAGAGAUACGGCAAUUCUAUUCUGAGAGCGAGCCUCUAGCGGAUGCGUAUGAUGAUCAGAAGUGCGGAUACAUUGUAGCGCUAGUACGAGAGUGCUUGCGAUACUAUACCGUCCUACGCCUGGCACUUCCGCGGGCAACGGUCAAGGACGUGAUGUACGACGGCAAGCUCAUUCCGGCAGGCAGCACGAUAUACCUGAACGCAUGGGCAUGCAACAUGGACGCAGAUGUUUGGAGCGACCCAGACGAAUUCCGGCCAGAGCGCUGGCUCGAACAGCCCGACGCGCCGCUGCACACGUACGGGAUUGGGUACAGGAUGUGUGCAGGCUCGUUGCUGGCAAACCGCGAACUGUACCUAGUGUUUUUGAGGAUGUUGAACAGCUUUGAGAUUGUGCAGGACUCGGAGGUGGAUGUGCACCCGGUGCGAGGCAGCGCAGACCCGACCAGCCUGGUGACAAUGUGCCGAGCGUACAAGGUCGUGUUUAAGCCACGGAACGAGCGGAUGCUGCGCGAGGCCUUGAGGGCGGCAGACGAGCGAUUGGCGGAGUACGAGAAGGCGUGA